UCCCCGAAGAGCCACUCGGAGCUGGGAAAAGAGAGACGGAGGGGGAAAGUGAGAGAGCCAAAAAUACACGCAGACACCCCACAUCACCUAGACUACCUGCUCCGGCUCAGCAAGGGGAGGAGGACGCACAAGUGCAGGCGCGUCCAUGCGUGCCAACCGAGCUAGACAAUAAAAAGGACAACAACACAACGAAAACUGGAAUGAGAGUUUAGCUUAGACACUCUUUGGGGCGAAGAGCUCAUUUUAGCUGCGAGAAUCCGCCUCAAUGAUUACACACUAAGAAGAGUCAUGCAUCUCAACAGAGAAGAAGAUAACAGCAAUGGUUCGGUGUCUCUCAGUGUAUUCCUGGUGUCUUUGGCAUUCCUAGUAUGUGCCCUUUGGCUGGUAGCGCUAUGUGGUGUUUGCACAUGGUGUCAGCGUAAACUGGGGAAGAGGAAUAAGGCUGGAGUGGAAGCUGCCAAUUCUCCAGAGUCUGUGAGAGGUCGAGGGGAAAAUAAAGCCAUCAACGAUCUUGACAGAGACUUUUGGAAUAACAAUGACAGCAGCAAUGUGCAACAGAGGUGGAGCUCCUACCCACCUAAGGAGUUUCUCUUAAACAUGUCUCCCUACGCCCCCUAUGGAGACCCUCGCCUCACAUCCAAUGGGGCUGUGGAUAAGAGUGGGCAGGGCGGAGCUGGACCCUCGCCGGGGGCCAGUGACAGCAGGGUCGGUGCUUGCUCUGGGGCUGGGGCAGGGCCCAGUCGCAGUGACAGCAUUCGAAGCAUGCUGACUGGGGGCAGCAGGGCUGGACGUUGGCACACGGUCCAGAGCCACAUGCACGCGGGAGGCCUGCGCUUUAGCAAUUUUGGAGACGCCUCCCUCUCAACUACCUCCACACUGGAGCACAUCCCAUCCUCAGCUGUGGCGCGCCCCCGACCUCUAGUCCGACAACAAAGCCUCCAACAGCCCCUCACCCACCAGCCCCCUCCGGGUCCGAACGACCCCCCAGUCACCUCACAGAGCCUGGGCCAACUGCACACAGGCCCAGGUGCUGGGGGCCACCGUGGUGGCCCUCGAGGGGUCCGGGGUAGUACGGCUGGAGCCUCCCGGUACAGAGGGGGUGGGGCGGGCCGCUCCAGGUCAAAUCCAGGCAGCUGGGACCACAUGAUGGAACAGAUCCGCAACAGAGGCCUGGACGUCAAGUCAUUCUUUGAGGGGAAGAUGGUUGUUCUGUCCCUAGCAAUUGGACUGGCUGAACAAGAUGACUUCGCUAACCUCCCUGACCUACAGGAAGCGCCAGCAAGCAAAGAGAAUGAAACCACACCAGAGAAGAGGACUCCGGGUAACAAACCAGGCAGCAGUCCCAGAGGCCACACCCCAGAUGAGAGUGGACGCCGCCAGGGCUCGGGCCACGAUGCCAACUCAUCCGUCUCCGAUUUAGCCAAUUCGGUCACCAGUGAAAUGCUCAUGUUGUCUCCAGGCUCGGAAGAAGACGAACACGAGGGUCCCGUGUGUGAGAAGUUGGGUCGCAUUCAGUUCAGCGUGGGAUACAGCUUCCAGGACUCCACCCUCACUGUAAAAAUCCUCAAGGGCCAGGAAUUGCCCGCCAAGGAUUUUUCCGGCACUUCUGACCCCUUUGUCAAACUCUACCUGCUGCCUGACAAGAAGCACAAACUGGAGACCAAAGUGAAGAGGAAGAAUCUUAAUCCACACUGGAAUGAAACGUUUCUGUUUGAAGGGUUUCCAUUUGAGAAAGUGGUCCAGAGAACUCUAUACCUGCAGGUUCUCGAUUAUGACCGCUUCAGCAGGAAUGACCCCAUCGGAGAGGUGUCCAUCCCCCUCAACAAAUUGGAUCUGGCCAACAUGCAGACUUUCUGGAAGGAAUUGAAGCCAUGUAGCGAUGGCAGUGGAAGUCGAGGGGAUCUGUUGGUGUCUCUGUGCUACAACCCCACGGCCAACACUAUCACUGUGAGCAUUGUCAAAGCCCGCAACCUCAAAGCCAUGGACAUUGGAGGCACUUCUGACCCCUAUGUGAAGGUGUGGUUGAUGAACAAGGACAAACGUGUGGAGAAGAAAAAGACGGUGGUAAUGAAGCGUUGUCUAAACCCUGUUUUCAACGAGUCCUUUCCCUUCGACGUGCCUGCCCACGUGCUGAGGGAGACCACCAUAAUUAUCACUGUCAUGGACAAGGACAGGCUUAGUCGCAAUGAUGUCAUUGGAAAGAUUUAUCUCUCAUGGAAGAGUGGCCCCGCGGAGGUAAAACAUUGGAAAGACAUGAUGGGUCAUCCACGCACUGCCGUGGCCCAGUGGCAUGCACUCAAGGCCUGAGGGAGCGAGCCGGCUCUGCUCCCCGUGCCCUCAGCACACAUCCCCUGCUCUCGAGCUGCAGUCGCGGACUGCAGACAGUGUGUGUCACCUCUUUGUUCUCAGGCCUCUUUGAAAUCCUGUUGUACUAAAUUUCACCCCUUGUCAAACAGUGAUGCCCACUUGACCCGCUCUCAUUCCUCUGACCCUUAAAUGUAUUUGAUGUCCACCCACUUCCUCCUUGUACUGUCUUUUUAUGAGAUUUUUCUUUUUUUGGGUCACGAUACCACUGUGUCUUUCUUGUCAUCCACUCAUAGUGUUAAACCCAAUAGCAGUAUCUCUUGCCACACAAGAAUACAAACUGUUCACCAAAAACGGAUGAAACGUGGAUCCAAAACUCCACUGUGGUGAUAACCAUAGAGAUCAGACGCAGCCGUGCGUGCCAAUGGCACUGCCCCAUCUGAUGUUGGUGUCAGGGAGCAGCCCUCUCACUUGCUCGACUCUGCUGUUGCUGUCACUGCCAGUCUCUAUCCUGAUUCUGCCCCAAACGUCAGGAAGUUGAUGAAUGCAAUAGGCUCCAUUUAAAAUGGAAUGGAUGUAAAGUGGACUUUUUCUUUUUUGCUCCGGCAGCUGUGUAAUUAUUCACCUUGACUGGAACCCCUUGUUGUCUGUGCGUGCUGUGGGUGAUGUGCUGUGACCCCAAAUGAAGUUCUUAAAAAAGAGGAGGAUUCAAUGACAAAAUCUCCAGUACUAGGCCACAAAGUUACAGUGUUAAAACCCUGCCCUGUCUUUUCGAACAGAAAAAAAAAAGAGUAGAAGUGAUUGAUGUUAUCUUUUGUUGACAAAAAAUAAUGAAGAAUCAAGUUGUUUCUCCAGACAGAGAAAAUAAGCAAAAGCCAGCUUCACGAUGUGGUGGUUGUGAUGUAUUUGUGUGUAUCAAUGGAUGAAUGAGAGAGCGUUUUGGCCUUGGUAGGCCUUGAUGACAGAUUAUUAAUUUUACAUUAAUAAAAUGAGGCAUUUCAAUUAAUUCCAAAGAAAACA